AUGUCAAAAAAGACAAAAAUGAUAAAAUAAGAACUUGAAUAAUGCAAUAAUUGUCUUCAACAUAAAAAUGUAAAAAUUGAUACAAAAAAUGUUUUGAUGAUUUUGAUGGCAAUUAAUAAUUUGAUUAUAUUUUUAGAAAUUACACAAUCAAAAAGAGGAAGUUCUAUAUAAGAAAGUCUUUGCAAUAAUAUGAGUUUCAUUUAUAUUAUUAAUACAUUAUUUUCAUGUAAAAAUGAAAUGAUAUAAUUAAGAUUUGUUUAAUUAUAUAAUGUAAUUUUAUUAAAGGGAAACUAAAUCAUAUUUAAGUUUAAUCUAAUAUUUCUGAAUCUAUAUUUGAUGUAUUAUUAUAUUCUUCUAAAUAUUGUAUUGAAUUACAUAUAGUAAAGUGAAGAACAAUUAAAUUUGAUUACUAAACUCAUAUUAUUAAGAAUAAUAACUUUUAUAAAAUGA